AUGGCUUCCUCCACCUCAUCCGCGGAGACACAAUCCAACUCCAAGGAAGAAUCGGAAAGACUAGAUUCCCCCACCGACGAGAAACUCAAUCUCGAGCGCCGCUCCGCCAGCAUCUCAAGAGACACCCGCGAUUCCACCGAUGCACCAAACACCACCAGCGAUGCCGAGAAGCAAAUCUACAUUGUACAAGAUGCAACUUGCGUCGACGACGAAAACAUUGUCUGGUGGGACGGCGACAACGACCCCGAUAACCCGUAUAACUGGCCGAGGUGGCGCAAAGUUCUCAACUGCGUCCUCAUCAGCUGUCUGGCAUUCAUUACGCCUUUAGCAUCUUCCAUGUUUGCACCCGGCGUACCGGACCUAAUGCUAGAAUUCCGCAGCACAAAUGAAGAGCUGGCUGCGUUUUGCGUAUCAGUCUACGUGCUGGGAUUUGCGGCUGGGCCCAUGUUCUUUGCGCCCUUGUCUGAGAUUUACGGCCGGUCCAUCAUCUACAACAUCACCAAUGUUGGCUUCAUCGUCUUCGUCAUCGCCUGCGCAGAAGCUCCCUCACUCAACGCCCUCAUCGCCUUCCGCUUCUUCUGCGGCAUCUUCGGCUCCGUCCCAAUCACUAUAGGCGGUGCAGUUAUUGCCGACAUGAUUGCGCAAGAAAAGCGCGGUGUCGCCAUGGCAAGCUUCGCCAUCGGCCCCAUGCUCGGCCCUGUCGUCGGGCCCGUGGUGGGAGGCUUCAUCACGACUGGGCUGGGGUGGCGCUGGGUCUUUUGGAUCAUGGCCAUUAUCUCGGGGACCUUUUCGCUGCUCUUCUUGGCCCUUUCCCGCGAGUCGUUUGCUGCUGUGCUGAUAGGCCGCAAAACCAGCCGGUUACGAAAGGAAACUGGCAAUCCUUUGCUGCGAUCCAAGCUCGACAAGGGUCUAUCAAACGCGGCCUACAUUAAGCGCAGCAUCCAAAGGCCGUUCAAGAUGCUGAUAAUGUCUCCCAUCAGCAUCAUAUGCGGCAUCUACGUCGGAAUUGCCUAUGCGUACCUGUAUCUCAUGUUCACCAGCCUAACGCCGCUCUUCAUGGAAAUCUACCACUUCAAGACGAGCACCGCCGGCCUCGCGUUCUUGGGUUUAGGCGUGGGCAGCAUGAUUGGUGUUGUUUCCUUUUCUUUGACAAGUGAUAGAAAUAUCAAGAAGAAGGCUGCUGAAGAGGCCGUGUUGGCAGAGGCCCAAGGUCGGGCUCCCGAAGGCAUGAAGCCCGAGUAUCGUCUCUCGCCGCUGCCGGCCGGUGCCAUCAUCCUGCCCAUCGGCUUCUUCAUAUAUGGGUGGACAGCAGAAUACCAAGUCCAUUGGAUAGCACCUAUUAUCGGUACAGUUGUCAUUGGAAUCGGCGAUCUAAUCGUUUUUAUGUCUCUGCAAAUGUACCUCGUCGAUACAUUCCACGUCUAUGCCGCCUCCGCGCUCGCAGCAAACGCAGUGGCCCGUUCCAUCCUGGGAUCUGUCCUCCCCCUCGCCGGCUUGCCAAUGUACAACCGCCUCGGCAUGGGCUGGGGCAAUAGUAUCCUUGGCUUCAUCGGCCUGGCUCUAACACCAGCGGCGUGGCUCUUCCUUCGGCACGGAGAGGCGCUGCGCAAGAGAUUUGAAAUAAAGAAUUUAUGA